AUGGAUUCGUCACAAUACAGAAUACUGACUCCCCCAUCAUUUGUUUGGCCUACAAUGACUGGGACACCAGAGGAGUCAAGAAACCUAACCAUGGAAAACGUCACCUCUUCUUCUCUGUCUCACAUUCCAUCAAUUUCAGCUCCAUCUUCUUCUGAACCUUUCGACGAGUCUUCAGAAGACUCCUGCAGUAUAUGCCUGGAGCACUUCACCAUUCAUGAACCAUCCACUGUUACCUGUUGCAAACAUGAAUAUCAUCUGCAUUGCAUUAUUGAAUGGUCACAAAGAAGCCAAGAGUGCCCAAUAUGUUGGCAAUCCCUUGCUUUGAAAGACUCUGCCAGCCAAGAGCUUCUAGCUGCAGUGGAAGCUGAAAAACGCAUGAGAUCAAGAAACACCACUAAUAUUCGAGCCCCCCCUGAACAGCUUAAUGAUGCCUAUGAUGACGAUUCAUUCUCAGAUGACUUUGAUUCUGAUGACCAGAUUAUGAGGCGCCUAGUUGCUGCUGCAAAUAGAGCCCGUUUUGUUCAGAGACAGGAAAGGAAUAGAUCACCUGAUGCUGAUGCUGGUCCAUCGGAUGUUUUUGAUGUUAACUCUUCCAUACAUGUAUCUGAGGUGCAAACAACACUUACAACUUCACCAUCUUGGGGGAGUUUGCCAACCUCUGAUGUAAGAUAUACUGUUAAUAGUCAACCUGCGGCAUUAAAUACUACACCCGAGAGUGCAAGCAGACCGAACACUUCUGAUAUGUUUUCCUUCCCAGAGUCCUUCAAAUCCAAAUUUUCUGCUGCUUCAGCCAGGUAA